UGAAAGCAUAUGAAGUAAAUAUCUGUAACCAAGAUUUUCUACAACAUCAUCAUUGGGAAGUGCUGCAACUGGAUAUCUUUAACAACUGGGACAACUUUUUUUUAACCCCCUAAGGUCAUUUUUCAAUGUGCUUUGCUUUCAACAAGGUGAUCCCUUCUCACUGACCACACCUCCACCAUGGGUUAAAUGUUCCUCAUAUUUAAGGAGUAGCACCCAGUGGUGGAGACAUUCUGAUUUGGCUUUAAGAUUGACGUUGGGGUUGAAUGAUGGCGGUCAGUAAUGUUAUCAAAUACCUUCUCUUUACUUUCAACUUAUUGUUUUUUGUGGGUGGAAUCAUUAUUCUCAGUUUCUCCAUGCAUAUGAAGCACAACAAAACAGACUACCAGACAACUGAUGAACUUCUGCCGGCGCUAAACCUCCUGAUAAUUAUCGGUGCCGUGACUCUGAUUUUUGGCUUCCUGGGCUGCUGUGGUGCGUUCCGAGAGAACCGCUGCCUCCUGAUCCUGUUCUUUGUGGGCCUGGUUCUAAUGCUCUUCAUGCUGUUGGCUGUGGGAGCGCUGGGAGCCAUUACCAGAACUAUAGCUGUCCAGGAGCUGGUAAUGGAACACAUGGAGCAGCUGCUUCCGCUGAGCCAACAGCCCAAGGAAGUUCAGGAGGAGUUUCAGGAUUUGGAAAGGUCCGGGUUCUGUUGUGGUUUAUUUGAAGGAUAUCUUGAUUGGGGAAACGCAACAGUGGUGCCCGACUCUUGUAACUGCACAGACACCUCCAUGAACUGCAUUGUGGUGGACGAACGUGAGAUAUACUCAACACCGUGUGUGACGUACAUUAUGACGUGGUUGGAAAAGGUAUCAGACUCACUCGUGGGGAUUGCGUUUGGAUUUGGCAUCUUGAUAAUUCUUGGCAUGAUUUUCUCAUUAGUCCUGCUCUGUCAGAUUAGGAAUGGGUAAUGAUUAUCACAAAGGUUCCUAGGUGUUGAUUGAAGGACAGAUCACCAUGUUAGUAUUAAUUGCAUCUUUACUUGGCUUUUAUAUAUUUUUCAAAUACUUCUACUCUUUUGU